AUGGCAGAGCUGAAGGACUGGGGGGAGGAAGAGGAGGGGGAUUCAUCACUAGUACUGCACAUGCUCAGUGCGGCUCUGGAGAAGGGGGAUGUUGGAGAGGAGGAAGAAACCGGAGAGGGGAGGAUGAUUGAGGAGGAAGAAGAAGACGAGGAUUUUACUAAUUUACUGAAAUGUUUGAGAACUCAAACCUCAACCAUCCUGAAAACUCAAACCUUAACCAUACUGAGAACUCAAACCUCAACCAUCCUGAAAACUCAAACCUCAACCACACUGAGAACUUUAACCUCAACCAUCCUGAAAACUCAAACCUCAACCAAUACCGUGAAUAACUGUACUGGGAACUCAAACCUCAACCAUACUGAGAACUCAAACCUCAACCAUACUGAGAACUCAAACCUCAACCAUGCCGAGAACUCAAACCUCAACCAUGCCGAGAACUCAAACCUCAACCAUCCUGAGAACUCAAACCUCAACCAUCCUGAGAACUCAAACCUCAACCAUCCUGAGAACUCAAACCUCAACCAUGCCGAGAACUCAAACCUCAACCACGCCGAGAACUCAAACCUCAACCAUGCCGGGAACUCAAACCUCAACCAUGCAGAGAACUCAAACCUCAACCAUACUAAGAACUCAAACCUCAACCAUACUAAGAACUCAAACCUCAACCAUGCCGAGAACUCAAACCUCAACCAUACUAAGAACUCAAACCUCAACCAUACUAAGAACUCAAACCUCAACCAUAGUGAGACCUCAAACCUCAACCAUGCCGAGAACUCAAACCUCAACCAUGCCGAGAACUCAAACCUCAACCAUACUAAGAACUCAAACCUCAACCAUGCCGAGAACUCAAACCUCAACCAUACUAAGAACUCAAACCUCAACCAUGCCGAGAACUCAAACCUCAACCAUGCCGAGAACUCAAACCUCAACCAUGCCGAGAACUCAAACCUCAACAAUACAAAGAACUCAAACCUCAACCAUACUAAGAACUCAAACCUCAACCAUACUAAGAACUCAAACCUCAACCAUGCCGAUAACUCAAACCUCAACAAUACAAAGAACUCAAACCUCAACCAAACUAAGACCUCAAACCCCUUUUCUGUUCAAAACUCUCAUUGA